AUGGAAACCAGACCUCCAACAAGUCCAGGCAAACAAUUUGCAUUUUAUUAUGAAAAUGAAGUCUAUAAACAAGAUUACUUCAUUAAGUCACCACCUCCUCAGCUUCUCUCUACCGCAAACUCCUGGAAGAAACGGUUUUUUGUCCUCUCAAAGAGUGGAGAAAGGGGCCUGAGUCUUUCCUAUUUCAAAGACCAUCACCAUCGAGGUUCCAUCAGAAUUGAUCGAGAUGCCAAUGUAGAAGUUGGAAUAAACAACCAUGAAAAGAUGCAAUCAGUACAGAAGAUGUUUAAAUGCCAGCCCGAUGAGGUGAUGUCCAUCAGAACUCCAGACAGGGAGUACUUCCUCAUUGGUCGUGACAGGGAGAAGAUUAAAGCCUGGGUCUCCUUCAUGGCACCAUUUUGCCAGGAUACACAAGCAGCUCAUCGGAACACGGAGGAGAAGACCUCAGUGAGUGACAAAAGACCCAUUUCUGAUCCAAGCCCCUGCUUUGAUGCUUGCAGCCUAUUGGCAGCUGUCAGCUCUGCCUCGCCAAGGACCAGUCUUCCACUUCAUUUAAUAGAACAAAGUUCUCCAGGGUUCAGGCAAGCUCAUCUUCUACAUGAUUUUGUGUCAGAAACCAUUCAAGGGACCGAAGAAGAGAGUUAUUAUCGUUAUCCUCGACGCAUUCUUUCAGAGAAUAUUAUCAGUUCCCAUGGUUCCAGUGAAUCCCUGGAUCCUAAUUUUCCAGACCAGGUCUCCGAGAAAACUGAGUGCCAUUACAUGUCAAUGAGAUCCUUUUUUUUCAAAGAGAUGCCCUCUGCCUCUGCUGAUUGUCAAGAGGAAUCACAGGCCAUUCCGGAGACCCAGGAUGGGGGGCUUCCCAUGCAGGAACAAAGCCCAGAAAAUGAUCCGUGCCUUUCACCUGUCAACCCGGAAGCCCAGACCACAGACAAUAAAAAGGGGUUGACCUCCCUAACUGUUGUGAAAUUGUCUAUAUUACUCAACAACAUUCCUGAUGACAGCCAAGUGGAGACACUGAAUGUGUUCCUCUCUCCUCUCGAUAUCAUAAACUACCUUGCUCUCAUAGAAGCCGCAGGACGGAUAUGUGUGGCUCAGUGGGCAGGCCCCCCACGCCUGGGGUGCCUAUUCUACCAUGGAGACCACAUCUUGGCCGUGAAUGACCUGAAACCCCAGAGCCUGGAGGAAGCGUCCCUGUUUCUCAGCCGGUGCAUCCAGAAGGAGAAAGUCAAGCUCUCCAUCGGCCGGAUCCCCAAUUCAGAGAAGUUCCAUGCUGUAGCUUGUGCAUGCGCCUUAAAAUACCAAGGAGUUGAGCCUGUCCAACAGGAUAAGCCAGGACUAGAGAGAACACUAAAGAGAGCUCCAGCCAUCAAAAAGAGCCAGAAGAAAGCAACAGGAAAGUAGCCUGUGGUGGGCCCCACACCGCAGGAGGAGAAUGGAGCCUGGAACCACGCACAGCCCCAUAACCAGAGACAAUUCAGCAGGCUUCUCUGAAUUACUGCACCUGUAUCUCAUCAAUGGAGGUUAUUGUCCCCUCUCUGGCCACUGCAUCAGAGGUGUUGAGAGGAUCACAUGGGAUAAUGGCUAGGGAGCACAGUGAAAGCAGAAGGCCUUAUUAUCUGAGAUUGUGUUCCAAACACCACAGACUUGCUUGGGUAAGUCCCUGGGCUGAUUUAAUAGCAGUGUGUGUUCUGUGAGGUCAUGGUCCACACAAUGACUUCUUUGUUAGGCAACGUCCAGUUGGACUUAGUCAUUCCAGGAAGGCAAGAGAGAUGAGAGCUCCUAGCAACCCUCCCCAACAUCUCCUGUGAAUCAGCAUCCCAGAGGCCAGAAGGCCAGACAGCGGCCUGUUGUUUUUUUAAGACACAAUAACUAUACAUUUUCAGAAGCUGAAGCUGUGUUUAGGUCGCCUCCAGAAAAGAUCUGUUUGCCCCACAGGUAGUAAGGGAGCCAUGUAGCACUUGUAAGUUUGGAUUUCUUCAUUUUGACUUGUGCAUUAAGACAUUGAUCCUGGGGCUGGAGAGAUUGCUUAGUGGUUAAGGCAUUUGCCUGCAGAGCCUGAGAACUCAUGUUUGACUCUCCAGAUCCCACAUAAGCCAGAUGUAC